CAACAUUCUUUUUAUGGACUCACUUUUUAUUUUCUCACUCUUAGCCUCCCGAUACGCACCACCUGUGAGGAAGCCUGCGCCUGUAUGCUAAACGUGGAGCAGCUGUCGACAGGUUGAGUAACGGUAUGCUGCAGAGGCUCGCUGCGUCCGUGCGGCGGCCCGCGGCGGCUCCUCUCGCGGCGGCGGUGCGGUGCGUCUCCUCCGGCUCAGUGGACAUCAAGGUCCCGCUGAACUUCUGGGCUGGGAAGAGACAGACCAGCCGGAAGAAAUGUAACAAGGAACAUGUUUACGAACCUGCAACAGGGCGAGUCUUGUGCCAUUUGGAGCCGUGUGGUACUGAGGAGGUAGAUCAGGCUGUGAAGGCUGCCAAGUCGGCUUUUGGCCAUUGGAGCAAAAUGUCUGGGAUGGAGAGGGCGAGGAUCAUGAUAGAAGCUGCGCAUAUCAUUGAGAGCAGGAGAGAGGAGAUAGCUGAAAUGGAGGUGGUCAACAAUGGGAAGUCCAUCACAGAGGCCCGUCUGGAUGUGGACUCUGCCAGACUGUGCAUAGAGUACUAUGCAGCCCUGGCUAGCACUCUAGCAGGCCAGCAUGUCCAGUUGCCCGGGGGAUCCUUUGCCUACACCCGCAGGGAGCCUCUGGGAGUGUGUGUCGGCAUCGGUGCUUGGAAUUAUCCUUUCCAGAUAGCUGCUUGGAAAUCAGCUCCAGCCCUGGCCUGUGGAAACUCCAUGGUGUUCAAGCCGUCACCAGUGACGCCUGUGACAGCAGUCAUGCUGGCAGAGAUCUAUGCCGAGGCUGGAGCUCCGGAGGGGCUGCUUAACGUGGUGCAGGGCGGCCAGGAGACUGGCAGCUUACUCUGCUACCACCCAGACGUCGCUAAAGUGUCCUUCACCGGGAGUGUGGCCACAGGAAAGAAGAUUAUGGAGAUGGCAUCCAAGGUGAAGCCUGUGACUCUGGAGCUUGGAGGGAAAUCUCCUCUGCUCAUCUUUGAGGACAGCGAUCUUGAGAACGCCGUGAGGGGAGCUCUAAUGGCCAACUUCCUGUCUCAAGGCCAGGUCUGCAGCAAUGGUACAAGGGUCUUUGUUCAGAAGGAUAUUCUGCCUGAGUUUGUGGAGGAGGUGGUGAAGAGGACACGGGCGAUCGAGAUAGGAGACCCACUAUUGGAGAGCACACGAAUGGGAGCACUGGUCAACCAGCCACAUCUGGAAAAAGUCCUAUCCUUUGUUGAUCAGGCAAAGAAAGAGGGAGCUACAGUGUUAUGCGGAGGUGAAGCUUUUGUUCCAUCAGAUCCCAAACUCAGAGGUGGAUACUACAUGACUCCAUGUGUAUUGGGCGACUGCACAGAUGAGAUGACCUGUGUGAAGGAGGAGAUCUUCGGUCCCGUCAUGUCUGUGUUGUCCUUCGAAACAGAAGAGGAGGUGCUGCUGCGAGCCAAUGACACAACCAUGGGUCUGGCUGCAGGAGUUUUCACCAGGGAUGUGAAGCGAGCCCAUCGUGUGGUGGAACACCUCAAGGCUGGUUCCUGUUUCAUCAACAACUACAACAUCACUCCAGUGGAGGUGCCCUUUGGAGGGUUCAAAAUGUCAGGCAUAGGGCGCGAGAACGGCCAGGUGACAGUUGAAUACUACUCCCAGCUGAAGACAGUGUUUGUGGAGAUGGGAGACGUGGACAGCCUCUUCUAGGACACGCACAUCAAGAAGAAGACGGAGCUGUGACAGUGACCCGGAGACUGAAACAGACGGUCUGGACCAGAACAGUACUUCAGGGAAAGAGCAUCAAACGUUGGUGCUCAAAGAGAUGAGGAACAAGUCUGAAUCAGAGGAGCGCAAGUCUGUACUGAAAGUAUGUUCAGUAUUUUCUGAAUGUGAAAUAAAUGUAAUACUGAAGCAAGUAGCUAUAUGGAAUAGGGGGAAUUAAACAUUUGAAUCUUAAAACACAUUUGAAUUAGUAACCAUCUGUGUCAUAAGGAUCAAAUUAAAGAUUGUUCUCUGUAUUUGCUGAAUCUCGAUUGAUUUCAGCUUUUAACGCAAAGAUAUAAUUAGCCUACUGUGAUAUAUGAUUUUCACUGUAUGUUUUCUUGCUUGAUAUAUUCCAACACUCAUGUGCAAAAUAACAACUUUACAAAGUUGUACUUAAGAACAAAAAAGUUUUAUUCAGGUUUAUUAAGGUCAAGCUUUUUUUUUUGAACAAUAUACGUCAAUAUAUUUUAUACACACAAAAUACAAAUGACAUGUACCACCUUGAAUUUAAAUAAUAUAGAUUGUACAGUUAAUUUAUGCUUUUAAUAAAAUGUUGUUUAAAUUAGAACUAGACAGUAACUUCCUGCCUGGUGGGUAAAGAGUAUUAUGUAAGGAACCAGUCUUGACACAUUUUCAUGUCAAAUAACUUGUAACAUAACAUGAAACUGUUUAAAAUUUCAUUUC